CUACAUUGGAAGAUCAGAUAGUACACAUUCAACUGGUGAGAAACUCUUGAUGUUUGCAUUAUUGUUGAAAUAUCCAAGUUCUAACUAAAUGUGGUGGGUUCUAAAACGAAGAUAGCCAGAUACAUAUAUGUGGUUCAUUGAGUCCUAUGAAUUGCAGCCGCCGGCGGACAUACAAUGCAUACCUGCUUCCUGCUGUGUUUAUUUAACUUCCCUCUGUUUUCAAUCUUUGAUGACGGGGAAAGAAGAAGAGAGAAAAAGACAGGUUUACUUCUAUUAACGAAUCCAUUUUUGUGGAUUUCUCCCCUACCUGCUCGAACCUUGAGUGCAGUAGUUUUCUGUAUUUUCCUCCAUGAUCAACUUUGAGUAAUUAAGUACAGCAUCAACAGAAUGAGCAAUCCAAUUCCAUUACUCCUUCAUAGCCAGAAAAUCAAAAGUUAACAAUGGGAAACUCAUAAUGUUGGGUACUAACUUGCUUUGUCCUCCCACAGGCUGACAACAUGAGAAGGCUAUAACUGAAGGAGAAGAAGGAAGGAGAAAGAAGAUGGCAGGCACAAAAACAGCUUUCUGGGUUCUAUGUAUAUUCACUCUCUUAUGGGGAUACGUGGUGCAGAUGGUAUCUAGUGACCCAGGAAUCAAUCUGCUGAGCAUCGCUUGUAGCCAAUAUAAAGUUGGCAGCUUUCCCUUGUUUGCUGCAAACAUCAAUUCAAGCUUCUCUCAGCUCAGAGAUCAGCUCAAGAAUGGGGAGAACAAGUAUUUCGCAACAGUCCAGCAGCCUGCUGGGGAAGAGCCAGUCUACGCCAUGGUUCAGUGCAGGAAAUACUUAUCCACAGCUGAUUGCCUCGCCUGCUUCAAUGAUGCUUUUACCAGAAUCCUCAAUUGCUCUGCUGCCAGUGGCGCCCAUGUCGUACUUUAUGGUUGCUUCCUAAGGUACGAGAGCAACAGCUUCUUUGACCAGAGCAAUCAGGAUGGGCACAGAGGAGUAUGCGAGAAUCAGACCACAGAGACAAAGGGUAACUUUUCUUACAGUGUAGCUGUGGAACAUCUGCUGUCAGAUCUUAUAAUCGCCACCCCGAAGAUCAAUGGCGUCUACGCAGCAAGCAAGAGAGAACUGAGGCCUCCUCCUGCUGGUGGUGUUGGUGGGAAUGUAACAGUCUAUGGUGUUACACAGUGCCUUGAAACCAUCAGCCAGAAGGGUUGCCAAGAUUGCUUGCAACAGGGAUUCAAUGAUUUACGGAGAUGUUUUCCGAAAACUGCUGCCAGUGCCGUCAACGUGGGUUGUUUUCUUAGGUUCUCCAACUCUCCUUUCGUUCGAGAUAAUCAAACAACUGAUAUAUUGCCCUUCUUACGAAAUGGACGUUCUAGCAAGAAGAUCAUAAUUGCUGCAGUGGUCGGAGGAGGGAUAGGUGGUGGUAUCCUAUUACUUGCGGUUGCCAUAGUUUUGUGGUGUAAGGUGUCCAGGAGACAGAAGGCUUUGCCGAAAGGUGACAUAUUGGGAGUAACUGAGUUGCAAGGUCCAGUUAACUACGGUUACAAGGACCUGAAAGUAGCAACUAAGAACUUCAGUGAGGAGUAUAAGCUGGGAGAAGGAGGAUUUGGUGAAGUUUUCAAGGGGGUUUUGAAGAAUGGUAAAGUGGCAGCAGUCAAGAAACUUUCUCUAGGACGAAGUCGCAGAGCAAAGGAGGAAUUUCAAAGUGAAGUGAAGAUCAUAAGCAAUGUCCAUCACAGGAAUCUAGUCCGCCUUCUCGGCUGCUGCAGCAGUGGACCGGAGCCUCUCCUUGUGUAUGAGUACAUGGCCAACAGCAGUCUCGACAAGUUGUUAUUUGGGGAGAAAAAGGGCAGUCUCAGCUGGAAGCAGAGGAUGGACAUAGUACUGGGUACAGCAAGGGGCCUGGCGUAUUUACAUGAGGAUUUCUAUAUGUGCAUCAUACACAGAGACGUCAAGACCGGCAAUAUUCUUCUGGAUGAUGAUUUUCAGCCCAAGAUUGCAGAUUUCGGGCUGGCAAGACUUCUACCGGAGAGUCGGACUCAUCUUGACACCAAGCUCGCCGGGACAAUGGGAUACACGUCGCCUGAGUAUACAUUGUAUGGUCAGUUAUCAGAGAAGGCUGACACUUACAGCUAUGGAGUGGUAGUUCUGGAAAUAAUCAGUGGCCAAAAGAGCAGUGAAUUAAGGCAGGAUGAAGUAGCUGAGUAUCUGCUGAAGAAGGUGUGGAAGCUGUACGAAAGCGGAAUGCAUACACAACUGGUAGAUGAAACCAUAAGUCAGGAUGAAUACCCGAAAGAAGAAGCAAAGAAGGUGAUGGAAAUAGCUCUGAUGUGCACUCAACCAUCACCUUCGAUGAGGCCAACGAUGUCAGAGGUAGUUAUGUUACUGAAAAGCGAAGGAUCGGUACAGCUCUAUCAGCCGCUAGCAAAGCCUGCACUGAUUGACUCCAAUGCCAACUUUCUCCCGGAAAUGUCUGGCUCGACGGGCUCCCUCACAUCAAACGCCACUUGCUCCAUCUCCGGAGUCUAUGGCAGGUAGGGGUUCAGAAUAGAAUGUCACCAAUUGACACCUGCACAGCACAACCAAGUCACAUCUCGCACGUUGUUGCAUUCAAAAUCCAGAAGACUUCAUCAUAUGACUUCCCAGUACCAAAGGAAUUCUCCUACUUCCAGGUCAAUUAAGGUCCGGCAACAGGAAGGAAGGAACUAUGGUACAAACAGUUGCAGCCGAACAGAAAGUCCAUCAAGAUAGCUUUCCCUUCUUAAUUUUCUAUUCUUCAGAGAGUUCGAGUUAGCUUGUGUCUAUUGUUACAUUAACUAGAAUCAAUACCCGCGGCUACGCCGCAGGGUCAUUUAGUCGUAUUUGGCAGCUUUAAAAGUUGAUUCAUAAUGAAAAUAGUUUAAUUUUUUUUUGUUCAAUAGAGUAUUUCGUGCAAAAAGUCAAAAAGAGUUGUUAUAAUAUAGAGUAUUGUCGUGC